GGGACUCGCAGUCGAGUCGUCGGGUCGCGUUUUCAUACUAAAAAAAAAAAAAAGAAACAUAAAUAUAUAUAUAUAUAUAGAAACCCUAGCGCGAUUCCGAGAUCUAAACAGAUUAAAAUCAAAUAAUAAAACGGAACCACACGUUCGCCUUUUAUUGUGUCCCAAUAUUCGUCGGCUAUCGCAAAAUUCGCUUUUCGUUUGAUAAUCGCGAGGUGCGUGUGUGAAAUUUUUGUACAAACAGGAAAAAAAAGCUCACGUUUUUUCGAUCGCUAUUUUCGGUGAUAAGGUGAUGGCCAAAAAUAAUGAGUACAUAGAACUACCUUGGACCAUGAACUCCUCCAGCGGCGAUGACGAGGCGCCGAAGGACCCGCGGACUGGCGGCGAGGAUUUUACGCAACAAUUUACAGAGAACGAUUUCGAGGGACAUCGGGCUCACACCGUCUAUGUGGGUGUCCAUGUGCCAGGAGGACGGCGGCACUCGCAGCGCCGGCGCAAGCACCACCACAGUGGCCCCGGAGGGGGUGGCACGGGGGGCAGUGCCGGCGGUGGCUCCCUCGGCGGAUCCGGAAGUGUGGGCGGCGGUGCGGGCAAGGACAACAUCAGCGAGAAGCAACAGGAAGUGGAGCGACCAGUGACUCCCCCAGCCCAGCGAGUUCAGUUCAUACUCGGCGAAGAUGUGGACGACGGCACACAUGUAUCCCAUCCCCUGUUCUCCGAAAUGGGGAUGCUGGUUAAAGAGGGCGACGAGAUCGAGUGGAAGGAGACGGCUAGAUGGAUCAAAUUCGAGGAGGAUGUGGAAGAGGGUGGCAAUCGUUGGUCGAAGCCCCACGUGGCCACCCUCUCCCUGCACUCCCUGUUCGAGCUGCGUCGCCUGCUGGUCAAUGGCAGCGUAAUGCUGGACAUGGAGGCCCACAAUCUGGAGGUGAUGGCCGAUCUGGUCUGCGAUCAUAUGGUCAGUGCUGGAACCUUGCCACCAGGAGUUAAGGACAAGGUCAAGGAUGCCCUGCUGCGACGCCAUCGCCAUCAGCACGAGUAUGCCAAAAAGACGCGACUGCCGAUUAUUCGAUCACUGGCCGAUAUGCGUAAUCAUUCGUCAUCGAAAAAGAAAAAAUCUAAUUCUAAACAUUCGCGGCCCGCACAAAACCUGCCGUCGAUCACAGAGGACAUGGUCAAGAGUCCCAGCAACCAGUCAAUGGCCAGGCCAGGAAGUGGCACUGAGCUGAGCGAGCAGCAGCACAAGGGCAACACCCAUUUCAUGCGGAAAAUACCCCCGGGAGCCGAGGCCAGCAAUAUCCUUGUGGGCGAGGUGGACUUCCUGGAGCGCACCUUGUCCUGCUUCAUCCGUCUGAGUCAGGCGGUCGUCCUGGGCGAUCUCACUGAGGUGCCAGUGCCAACAAGAUUUGUCUUCAUCCUGCUUGGACCGCCUGGCAGCCAGAGUAACUUCCACGAGAUUGGCCGGGCAAUGGCCACGCUGAUGUCGGAUGAGAUCUUCCACGAGGUGGCCUACCGAGCCCGUAAGCGUGAUCACCUGCUGUCUGGAGUGGAUGAGUUCCUGGAUGCAGUCACCGUUCUGCCGCCAGGCGAAUGGGAUCCCACCAUUCGGAUUGAACCACCCGCGGCAAUUCCAUCGCAAGAAGUUCGUAAGCGUCCUCCAGAGUUGCCCAAGGAGGAGGUGGACGAGGAAGAGGAGGAGGCGCGGCUAAGGGAGGAGAACGGACUGUCCAGGACAGGACGACUCUUCGGAGGUCUCAUAAACGAUGUGAAGAGGAAGGCUCCUUGGUACAUUAGCGACUACAAGGACGCCCUGUCCAUGCAGUGUGUGGCCUCUUGGAUCUUCUUGUACUUCGCCUGCCUGUCGCCGAUCAUCACCUUUGGCGGUCUUUUGGCCGAGGCCACUGGCAAGCAUAUGGCUGCGAUGGAGUCUCUGGUGUCCGGGUUCGUUUGUGGCAUGGGCUAUGGCUUCUUUUCGGGUCAGCCGCUGACAAUUCUCGGGUCCACCGGUCCAGUUCUGGUCUUUGAGUCAAUUAUCUACGAGUUCUGCCUGAAAAUGGGCUGGGAUUAUAUGACGUUCCGUUUCUGGAUCGGCAUGUGGGUCGCCGGCAUUUGUAUCGUUCUGACCGCGAUUGAUGCCAGUGCCCUCGUCUGCUACAUAACCCGGUUCACCGAGGAGAAUUUCGCCACCCUGAUCGCCUUUAUCUUCAUCUACAAGGCCAUUGAGAAUGUGGUGGUCAUUGGAAAGAACUUCCCAGUCAAUCAAGGGAUAUACGACUGUGUCUGUACCCCGCCGAUCGGGAGCAAUGCCAGUGUUGUCGAGUAUGCCAAGUACAACUGGGAUUAUUGUGAGACCUACAAUGGCACUUUGGUUGGUGGAGAUUGCGGAUCCCCGCCCACCGAGAACGUUUUCCUCAUGUCGGUGGUCCUCUGUGCCGGCACCUUCCUCAUCUCGACCGUGCUUAAGGAUUUCAAGAACGCCCUUUUCUUCCCCUCGAUCGUUCGCCAGUACAUUAGCGACUUCUCAGUGCUGAUCGCUAUUUUCGCCAUGAGUUUCUUUGACUACUCCCUGGGAGUUCCCACCCAGAAACUGGAGGUCCCCAACGAACUGAAACCCACGCUCAGCACUAGGGGUUGGCUCAUUCCGCCCUUCUCUGAGAAGAAUCCUUGGUGGUCGCCGAUCAUUGCUGUAUUCCCCGCCCUACUCGGAACCAUUCUGAUCUUCAUGGACCAGCAGAUCACGGCCGUUAUUGUGAAUCGCAAGGAGAACAAACUGAAGAAGGGCUGUGGCUACCAUCUGGAUCUGUUCAUCCUUUCCAUUCUGAUUGCCAUUUGCAGUAUGAUGGGUCUGCCUUGGUUCGUGGCUGCCACCGUUUUGAGCAUCAACCAUGUCAACUCGCUGAAGCUGGAAUCGGAGUGCUCGGCCCCUGGCGAGAAGCCACAGUUCCUGGGAGUGCGCGAGCAGCGGGUAACCCACAUCCUGAUCUUCCUUACCAUCGGUGUCUCCGUGCUGCUAACCCCGCUGCUCGGUCACAUCCCUAUGCCGGUCCUGUUCGGCGUCUUCCUUUACAUGGGUGUGGCCUCGCUCAAGGGUCUGCAGUUCUUCGAUCGCAUUCUCAUCAUGUUCAUGCCGGCCAAGUACCAGCCGGACUAUAUGUUCCUGCGGCAGGUUCCCAUCAAACGAGUUCAUCUGUUCACCGCUAUUCAGCUGGCCUGUCUCAUUAUCCUCUGGCUGAUUAAGUCCUUCUCACAGACCUCCAUCCUGUUUCCGCUGAUGCUGGUGGUGAUGAUCGGUAUAAGGAAGGCCUUGGAUCUGGUAUUUACUCGCCGCGAGCUAAAGAUUCUGGACGACAUAAUGCCGGAGAUGACGAAGCGGGCAGCGGCCGAUGAUCUGCAUAAACUGGACGCUGAGGACAACCAUCAUCAGCAUCACCCGGGCUCUGGUUCCGGGGUCAACUAUAAUGCCGAUAAGUCGGGUCCCACCACUAUACACAUUCCCCUGUCGGGGAACAAGCCCAACAGCAAUGGACCCUCUGUGACCAUUCCCCAGGAUGCCGUCAAUCGCACCACCGUCUGGCAGCAGAUCAACAAGGAAGGCAAUGGCAUCUCGGAGCAGCUAAUCAUCCCGGUUACCCUGAAAGUCCGUCAGAUCAAUGGCAACCAUGCUCCUUCAACUGGUGCCCUCUCGCCACGCCUAUCGCCCAUGCACGAGGCGGAUGAAUACAGUGAAGCCCCGGCCAACAGUCCGGGGCAUCCAGCAGGGACUCAACAGCAGCAACAACAACAGCAACCACAGCAACCGAUGAGCAACUGCAAGGAGGCAACUGCCAAGCUCGAGGGAUCCGCCUUGGGCAACAGCCAGAUCAUUCCGGCCAACAUAACACCCGUCUAGAGAGCUGAAGAUCCCGAAAGCUACUUGGAUUUAAAUCGAACAAAGCACAAAGAACCCAAACACACACGCACAUCUAUGUAUUACUAGUUGGCCAUAAUCAUAAUCUCUAUUUACCAUAUAUCGUAGUAGUUUUUUGGUAACAAUUUUUAGCUGUGCCAGUAGAGAGGUAAAUCUUUGAUUUGGGGCUCAGGUACAUGAUAUACAAGUAUUAAUUAAAACUAAAAGAUAAUCCGUAGGCAGUUAAGAACACUUUUGAAACGAAUUUUAUAUAGAACCAGUCAAUUCCAAGGAUGUUAGAAAGCCAAAAACCAAAGCCAUAGAACAGAAACUUAGGCCAUCGGUGCUCCGAUGUCUCUUCAAUUUCCCAACUAUAUCUUCUCCACUUUGACUUGGUUAGCUAAAGCGAAUUGUGUGUUAUAUAUGGGGCUUAUUUAUCGAACUGUGAUCUGAUGGGUAUAUCUUGGGGGCGGGUUGUUGGUUUCAGAAAUCGUAUAAUUUAGCCUAGCCAAGACAAAGCUGUAAACAAUUGUAUUAUAUUUUAACGCCUCAAAACUAAGUUUAACACAACAUACACAUCCUAUUUGACACACCCGAAAACCCAUUUAUAUAUACAAUAUAUAAUAUAUAGACAAGUAUAAAUAUAAAUAUUGAAUAAAAGUGGCGAACCAUUAACUAGCCACAAGCAAACUGCGACAACAGAAA